AUGGAGGGGCUGAGCAGUUACAACCUCACCCCUAAACCUCAUCCUUUUCUUCGAACUCCUUUGAAGAAACUCUACUUCAGCAAUCAUAAUAACAAUGCUUCUUUCAAAAUCACAGCAGCAGCAGCACCGAUUUUUCAACUUCCAGACGGGAGAAAGAGACGGAAAAAAUUCCAUAAAAAGAGUGCCCGCCAAAGCUUUAUACCUCUUCACAGCAAAAAUCCGCAUAUCGUUUACAGAGACAUCCAGAAACUUGCCAAAGAGGACAAGCUCGAAGAAGCUCUUGGUAUGUUAGACUAUAUGGACCGUCGUGGCAUCCCCACCAAUGUCACGACGUUUUCCGCACUCAUUGCUGCUUGCCUGAGGGUGAAAUCCAUUGAGGCAGCAAGACGAGUGCAUGUACACAUUAGAAUAAAUGGCCUCGAGGGGAAUGAAUUCUUGCAAACGAGGCUAGUGCACAUGUAUGCUGGUUGUGGCUCCGUUGAGGAUGCGAAGAAGGUGUUUGGAGCUAUGACCGUUUCUAGUGUGUAUCCUUGGAAUGCACUGCUCAGGGGUAACGUAGUGUUGGGGCGGCGCAAUCAUCGUGAAGUGUUGGCUUCGUUCUCUGAAAUGCGGGCUGCUGGUGUGGAAUUGAACGUUUAUAGCUUCUCUUGUUUGAUCAAGAGUUUGGGAGGGAAUCGAGCACUACGUCAAGGGUUAAAGACUCAUGGAUUAUUGAUCAAGAAUGGUCUAUUCGGAAGCCUUAUACUUAGGACUAGUUUGAUUGAUAUGUAUUUCAAGUGCGGCAAGAUCAAGCUGGCAUGUAGUCUGUUUGAGGAAAUCGAGGAGAGGGAUGCCGUUCUGUGGGGAACAAUGAUAGCGGGUUUUGCUCAUAAUAGGUUGCAGAGAGAGGCAUUGCAUUACACAAGGUGGAUGGCGGAGGAUGGCACUAGAGCCAACUCUGUUAUUUUGACUAGCAUUCUUCCAGUAAUAGGAGAAGUGUUUGCUAGAAAGAUAGGACAGGAGGUUCACGCCUACGUGAUUAAGACCAUGGAUUACUCAAAGCACUCGUUUAUUCAGUCUGGACUGAUCGAUAUGUAUUGCAAAUGUGGAGAUAUGGUUUCAGGAAGAAAGGUAUUUUAUGGAUCGAAUGAGAGAAGCACCAUUUCUUGGACUGCUCUUCUAUCUGGUUAUGUUGCAAACGGGAGGCUUGAGCAGGCAUUGAGAUCUAUUAUUUGGAUGCAACAAGAAGGCUUCAAACCCGAUCUUGUCACAAUCGCUACAGUUCUUCCAGUUUGUGGAAAAUUGAGGGCAUUGAAGCAAGGGAAAGAAAUUCACUCUUAUUCAAUUAAGAAUGGAUUUGGGCAAGGAGUAUCCAUCGCUACAUCUCUGAUGAUGAUGUACUCCAAGUGUGGAAUUUUGGACUAUUGCUUGAGAGUGUUCUCUAACAUGGAGAGGAAGAAUGUGAUUGCUUGGACUGCCAUGAUGGAGAGCUAUAUAGAAUGUCAAUGCCUGUACAAAGCAAUUGAUAUUUUCCGAUUAAUGCAAUUAUCUGCGCACAGGCCAGACUCUGUCACAAUAGCAAGAAUAAUGAGCGUCUGUAGCCAGCUCAAGGUUCAAAAACACGGGAUGGAAGUCCACGGGCAAGCUCUGAAGAAAGACUUAGCGUCUGUGCCUCGUGUUGCUGCUGAAAUUGUUCGCAUGUAUGGGAAGUGGGGAGCGAUUGAGAAGGCAAAGUUGGCUUUUGAGGGGGUUCCUGUUAAAGGGUCGAUGACUUGGACUGCCAUCAUUGAGGCGUAUGGGUGCAGUGGUCAAUAUGAAGAAGCUGUACAUGUUUUCAAGAAGAUGAUGUCAAAUGGUUUUUCUCCCAAUGAGUUCACUUUUAAAGCGGUCCUACGUGCUUGUGAGCAGGGUGGAUUUGCUGAUGAUGCAACGAGCUUCUUUACUCUAAUGACUCGAAGAUACAAAAUUACAGCAGCGGAAGAACACUACAGUAGCAUCAUCGGCCUUCUCACUCGUUCGGGUCGAAGUGAGGAGGCUGAGAAGUAUAUAAAACUAAGAUCAGUCUUGGCUUUGAGCAAAUGAGAGUCAUCAGCCUUACUGAAACCAACUUGUUGAAGGCAGAGGUUGUAAAUUAGAAACAAUUGUAGUGUGAAUGGAGUGAAAACUGAGUCACUUGAGCAGAACUUGGUAACCCAAAUCAAAUUUUCAGUUCUCAUUCGUGAAAAA